AACUACAGCGUGCGUGUCGGAAUGUCGGGGGGAUGAUUUCGAUGUUGCAACGAGCGAGUCCACUUCGAAAUGUUUACGAAAGAGACCGGUUUAGGAAGUGGAGCUCAUAAUACUGAUAUUAAAGACGGCACAGCAGAAAAGCAAAAACGCUUAAUAGGCGCAUUUCAUACUGAGAAUGGAGGAUGAUGCAGAACUGUUUUAUCGUCAGCUUCCGAAAGUGGAGCUCCAUGCUCACCUCAAUGGCUCUGUGAGUGUCGCAACGAUGGAGCGUCUUAUAGCCCGCAAACCGCAUCUGAACAUCGACCAUAGUAUGACUGCCAUCCUGAAGGGCCAGCGGCGGACACUAGACGAGUGCUUUCAAGUUUUUAAAGUGAUUCAUCAACUUAUUGACACAGAAGAAGACCUCUUAAUGGUUACCAAAUCAGUUAUUCGGGAGUUUGCGGAAGAUGGAGUUAGGUACCUGGAGCUGCGGAGUACGCCUCGGGCUGAUUCAAAAACUGGUCUAACAAAGAGAAGGUAUGUGGAAUCCAUCAUUGAAGCCAUCAGACAGUGUAAGGAGGAGAACGUAGACACGGAGGUCAGGUUCCUGGUGGCAGUAGAUCGAAGGAAUGGAGCUGAGGUUGCCAUGGAGACAGUCAAGCUCGCGGAGGAUUACAUGCUGGCCAGUGACGGCUUGGUUGUCGGCGUGGACCUCAGCGGUGACCCAAAUGUGGGUCAUGGCAAAGACUUCCUGCCUGCCUUGCAGAAGGCCAGAAACUGUGGGCUGAAGUUGGCACUGCACAUGUCUGAGGUUCCUUCCCAGAAGGAGGAGUCAGAGCUGCUGCUGACCCUCCCCCCUGACAGGAUUGGCCAUGGAACUUUCCUACACCCAGAAGUGGGCGGGUCUCAGAGUCUGGUGGACAGAGUCAGAGAAAAAAAUAUUCCUUUGGAGCUGUGCUUAACGUCCAAUGUCAAGGGUCAGACUGUAGGGUCCUACCAGAAGCAUCACUUCCCAUACUGGUAUCAGCUGGGACACCCCUGUGUGCUCUGUACGGAUGAUAAGGGCGUGUUCAGCACCAGCCUCUCUAUGGAGUACCAGCUAGCUGCGGCCACGUUCGGCCUUAGCCGCGAGGCGGUGUGGACGCUCUCCCAGCAGGCCAUCGGCUGCAGCUUUGCCACAGACGCCGUCAGGCAGCAGCUGCAGCAGAGGUGGGCGCUGCUCCUGCCUGAGGUCUUCCCGACAUCCAGCUGCCUUCACAGGGAGCCCACGGCCCUUCAGACAUGCGGACAGGGACUCUGAACCGGCAUUUUCAUUGGACCACACUUUAUGCGUGGUAAUCCUUAUGACUCUUGUGUGUUUAUUCGUUGUCACUGCUCAUGUUACACUGGGAAAUUCAGGCUUGAUCCUAUUGCAAUUAAGGAAAAAAAAGUUUAGCAAAGUGGCUCAUGUGACAUCUGCUUUAAUAAAUAAGCUUAUCAGGUCCAA